UUCUGCCCUCCCCGCGGCAAGUCCUGGGCUCCCGUCCGCGGAACCUUGUCCUACUUCGCUUGUCCUCGCUCUGGCCGCUGUCGCCCAGGAACCUGAGCAGAGAAGGCAGCGGGUCCCGUGACCGCGCAGAGCCCCCCACGAGGGCAGCAAGGGCCGAGGACGGCGGGGAAGAAGGCGGGGCGCGUGGGAAGAAAGGGGGUUUUGUGAGGCUCCCGGCGAGCUGGCGCCCCCGUCUGCGUCCCGCGCGCCCGGCCCUGCUCGCGCCCGCGCAUUGCGCUGCAGUCUCGGCUGCGGCUGCGGGACGCGCGGUGUGCGGAGGGGACCUCGCAAGGUGAGUGAGGAGGCCUGGCCCUGUCGGUCGCUUGCUUGCUGUGUGACCUUGGGUAAGUUUCUUGACCUCUCUGAGCCUGAGGAUCCGGGCAUGGGCGAGCCUGGCUGCUGUGGGCGACGGGGACAGUCGCCCACCGUAGGUUCUUGGGGUUUCCCCCAGGCAUUCGGGGGCGCGGCCAGCAGCGGCGCCUCUCCGAGGGUGGGCGUGCAGCGCACCGUGAGGGCAUCGGCACCCUGAGCCACGCGUCUGCUCGCUCACUGUCCCCGCCGCGCAGCCUUCAGGAACAAGGGGGCGUCUGGGCUGCGGAGCGGCUGAGGAUGCCCGGGUUGGAGACAGGGGGCUGCUGAGCUCGGGUCCUUGGGGUGGCCUUCCUCCGGGAAGUGUCAGAGCGCCCGAGCUCUGAAAAGGAGCCACUCUUGGCCACUUGGAUCAGAAAUUGAUGUCUCAGGGCAGUCGGAUCCUCUGACCCCAUGCUUCCUUCCUCGUCCCGUGCUGCCCCAACACGGGUAAAAGAGGCGACCACAGGGCCGAGCGCGAGAGUAGCUCCUGCUCUCGGCCUCCCCUCCUCAGAAUGCCCCAGCAUCUGGCUCCCUCGUGCUUCCCAGUGAUAACCCGAGUUACUGUUCGCACGGCCCGCAGCACAGCACAGGCCAGAGCGGUGCUUAGCAGGGGAGUCCUGGGAGGAUCUGGGAGGACCACUUAGGCUCAGGCAAGCGACUAUGAAGGCAGACCGAGUGGGAGAUGGAGCCAGUGAGAAUAAGUAUGAUCGGUAGGAAAUUUUGCCUGACGUUGUAACUGACCCCGGCUGCGUCAUCAGCCAUGUAGACCUGGGUCCCCGAAUCCUUCCAAGUCUGGCUCUUUAAAGACUGCGUUCAUUACCUGUGCAGCUUUCCUUCCUGAGGGCACAAUGGCCUGGCUCCCGACUUGGCUCAGAGGUAGCCCUAACCCUCUCUGGGGGGCAUCUACCUCACUUUCCCUAUGAGCCUGUAAGCGCAAUGGGAUCCCCAGAAAGAGAAACUGUUUCCAGAGCUGAGAGCCAGGGCAGGGGGGCUGGGGGUGGCCUCUCCCUGUACCCUUCUCCAGUACACUCCAAGUUGCAGGCUUUCACAAAAGAUGGGUGGGGGAAGGAGCAACUGGAUGCAGGCCAGACUGGCAGGGACAGGGUCUUUGUCCCAGCUGGCUUCUGAGCCAGGAGAUCCGGUGGGAAAGCCGUGCCAGGCAGAGGGGAAUAGCUGGGAGCAAAGUAGGAGGGAGGGAGGGGGCAGAGGAUGUUGGGCACCAGGGGAAGCGUCCUCACAAGUCCUGGUGGAGAGGAAGCCGAAGGAGAAGUCGUUGUUUCAGCAGGGUUCAGCCUAGGAGGCCCUCCUGGAAGAGGAGGUUAGGAAGGGAAGGCUGGAGCUUUACUGUGGGGGAAACUCCUGGUUGGCACCUGAGGGCGGGGGCCGAGGGGGUGAAGUGGGACCAUAGCUGUGCUCCCAACCCCACUCUUGUGUCUGUGGGUUUGAGUCUCCAACCCCUAGAGGCUGCCUGGACCUGCAGGUGCCCAAGUCCCUCACACAGAAUGAUGUCUUUGCAUCUCACCUACCCUUGUCUUUCAUACACAGGAACCCGUCUCUAGGUGACUUAUAAUUCCUAACUGUGUGCAUGCUGUUUAGGGAACAGGGACAAAAAAACUCUGUAUGUGUUCAGUACAGACUCUUUUUUCCCCCCUGCAUGUUUGCCAGGUGGCUGGUUUGGAUGCAUAGAUUUUGAAUACAAGUAUACGGAGAGCCAAUUUCACGGUACCACUCAUCACUGUGUUACAAGUAUUCGCUGACAUCUGUUGUGUGUCUGGUGCUGGCAUAUGCACAGGGUGUUUUCUGUUGUAGACUAUAGAUAGUUCUUCCAUCAGUUUGCAGCAUGAUCCCCCUGCUUCUGUCCCUGCUGGCGGCCCUGGUCCUGACCCAAGCCCCUGCAGCCCUCGCUGAUGACCUGAAAGAAGACAGCUCAGAGGAUCGAGCCUUCCGCGUGCGCAUCGGUGCCACGCAGCUGCGGGGCGUGCUGGGCGGUGCCCUGGCCAUCCCAUGCCACGUCCACCACCUGCGGCCGCCGCCCAGUCGCCGGGCCGCUCCGGGCUUUCCCCGGGUCAAGUGGACCUUCCUGUCUGGGGACCGGGAGGUGGAGGUGCUGGUGGCUCGCGGGCUGCGCGUCAAGGUAAACGAAGCCUACCGGUUCCGCGUGGCGCUGCCUGCCUACCCCGCAUCGCUCACGGAUGUGUCUCUAGUACUGAGCGAACUGCGGCCCAAUGAUUCCGGGGUCUAUCGCUGCGAGGUCCAGCACGGUAUCGACGACAGCAGUGAUGCAGUGGAGGUCAAGGUCAAAGGGGUCGUCUUCCUCUACAGAGAGGGCUCUGCACGCUAUGCUUUCUCCUUUGCUGGAGCCCAGGAAGCCUGCGCUCGCAUAGGAGCCCGAAUCGCCACCCCUGAGCAGCUCUAUGCUGCCUAUCUCGGCGGCUAUGAGCAGUGUGAUGCAGGCUGGCUGUCCGACCAAACUGUGAGGUACCCCAUCCAGAACCCACGAGAGGCCUGCUAUGGAGACAUGGAUGGCUACCCUGGAGUGCGGAACUACGGAGUAGUGGGUCCUGAUGAUCUCUACGAUGUCUACUGUUAUGCUGAAGACCUAAAUGGAGAACUAUUCCUAGGGGCCCCUCCCAGCAAGCUGACGUGGGAGGAGGCUCGGGACUACUGUCUGGAACACGGUGCACAGAUCGCUAGCACAGGCCAGCUGUACGCAGCCUGGAAUGGUGGCCUGGACAGAUGUAGCCCCGGCUGGCUGGCUGAUGGCAGCGUGCGCUACCCCAUCAUCACACCCAGCCAACGCUGUGGGGGCGGCCUGCCAGGAGUCAAGACCCUCUUCCUUUUUCCCAACCAGACUGGCUUCCCCAGCAAGCAGAACCGCUUCAAUGUCUACUGCUUCCGAGACUCUGCCCAUCCCUCUGCCUUCUCUGAGGCCUCCAGCCCAGCGUCAGAUGGACUAGAGGCCAUUGUCACAGUGACAGAGAAGCUGGAGGAACUGCAGCUGCCUCAGGAGGCUAUGGAGAGUGAGUCUCGUGGGGCGAUCUACUCCAUCCCCAUCACAGAAGAUGGCGGAGGAGGAAGCUCCACGCCAGAAGACCCAGCAGAGGCCCCCAAGACUCCUCUAGAAUCGGAAACCCAAUCCAUGGCACCACCUACCGAGUCCUCAGAAGAGAAAGGCGUAGCCCUGGAGGAAGAAGAAAGAUUCAAAGACACAGAGACUCUGGAGGAAGAGAAGGAGCAGGAGGACCUGUGGGUGUGGCCCAGGGAGCUCAGCAGCCCUCUCCCUACUGGCUUGGAAACAGAGCACUCACCCUCCCAGGUGUCCUCGCCAGCCCAGGCAGUUCUACAGCUGGGUGCCUCACCUUCUCCCAGGCCUCCAAGGGUCCGUGGACCGCCUGCAGAGACUUUGCUCCCCCCGAAGGAGGGAAGCCUCACAUCCACUCCAGAUGGGGCAAGAGAAGUAGGGGGGGAAGUUGGGAGCCCUGAGCUCUCUGGGGUUCCUCGAGAAAGUGAGGAGGCAGGGAGCUCCAGCUUGGAGGAUGGCCCUUCCCUACUUCCAGCUACAUGGGCCCCUGUGGGUAGCAGGGAGCUGGAGACGCCCUCAGAAGAGAAGUCUGGAAGAACUGUUCUGACAGGCACCUCAGUGCAGGCCCAGCCCGUGCUGCCCACCGACAGUGCCAGCCGCGGUGGAGUGGCUGUGGCUCCCUCAUCAGGUGACUGUAUCCCCAGCCCCUGCCACAAUGGUGGGACAUGCUUGGAGGAGAAGGAGGGUUUCCGCUGCCUAUGUUUACCAGGCUAUGGGGGGGACCUGUGCGAUGUUGGCCUUCACUUCUGCAGCCCUGGCUGGGAGGCCUUCCAGGGUGCCUGCUACAAGCACUUUUCCACACGAAGGAGCUGGGAGGAGGCAGAAAGCCAGUGCCGAACGCUCGGUGCUCAUCUGACCAGCAUCUGCACCCCUGAGGAGCAAGACUUUGUCAACGAUCGAUACCGGGAGUACCAGUGGAUUGGGCUCAAUGACAGGACCAUCGAGGGUGACUUCUUGUGGUCAGAUGGUGCCCCUCUGCUCUAUGAAAACUGGAACCCUGGGCAGCCUGACAGCUACUUCCUGUCUGGGGAGAACUGUGUGGUUAUGGUGUGGCAUGACCAGGGACAGUGGAGUGAUGUGCCCUGCAACUACCACCUAUCCUACACCUGCAAGAUGGGGCUUGUGUCCUGUGGGCCUCCACCACAGCUGCCCCUAGCGCAAAUAUUUGGUCGCCCUCGGCUGCGCUACGCGGUGGACACUGUGCUUCGAUAUCGGUGCCGAGAAGGGCUGGCCCAGCGCAACUUGCCGCUGAUCCGCUGCCAGGAGAAUGGGCUUUGGGAGGCCCCUCAGAUUUCCUGUGUGCCCCGAAGGCCUGGUCGUGCUCUGAGCUCAAUGGACGCUCCAGAAGGACCACGGAAACAGCUUCCGCUGCACAGGAAAGCACCGUUGACACCUCCCUCCGGUCUCUAGGGAACAGGCCUGGAAGACUGCUGCCCCCAGCAGGGCCCUCUCACUUCAGCUGCCUGUGCUCUUCCCCACAAUAGGGGGUGACAUGAGAGGGGUGGAACUGGAAUUCAGAGGACAGCGCCCAAAGGGGUUUCUGGGAAACGCUUGGGUGACUCCGCCCAGCCUAGGCCCCGCCCCCUCGUACAAGGCCUCAGGUUUUACGGAGUAAGUCCCUAAGUGCCUCUACUGCCCUCUCACGUCAGCUGCCUCCUUGCCCCUCAAUUUCUUUAGGGGACACUGUGCUACUCGUUCUUGAUUUUUCAAAGGGUUUUUAGGAUGGAGUGCCAGCAAAACCAGAUGGAAAUAAAGUUGUUUGAACCCAGA